CACCAAGCGAAGGCUACGUCCAGCUACGUCCGUUUUAGUCCCAAAAACCGCAAUACCGUCAUGGCACCCGGUUUUAUCAUUUUUUGAAGAAAGUCUAAUAUACACGCAAUCGAAAUCGUGACGAAGUAGUGAUUUUUUUUUCUACUCUAACGUUUGUUCAUAUUUGAUUUACAUGACUUAACGAUACGCGUAGUAUCGAUAUAAAAUACAUUUUGGGUGUAACGUUUUAUAUGAAAAAUACUUCUCAUCGCCUAAACGUACCUUACAGUUUCUACGGACUGUAGGAUUGUAAUUGACGAUUGUAUCAGUGUCACGUGAAGUCUUAGAAACAUGAGUUCAGGUAGACCAAUCAAGUGUGUGGUGGUAGGAGAUGGAACUGUAGGAAAAACGUGUAUGUUAAUAUCAUAUACAACAGACAGUUUUCCAGGAGAAUACGUACCCACAGUAUUUGACAAUUACUCAGCACCCAUGGUUGUGGAUGGAAUACCUGUUAGUUUGGGUCUUUGGGAUACAGCAGGUCAAGAAGACUAUGAUAGGCUUCGUCCACUUUCAUACCCUCAGACUGAUGUCUUUCUUAUUUGUUUCUCUGUAACAAGCCCAUCAUCGUUUGAAAAUGUUACCAGUAAAUGGUAUCCAGAGAUAAAACAUCACUGCCCAGAUGCACCAAUGAUACUCGUUGGAACUAAAAUAGACUUACGAGACGAUCGUGAAACACUUACUGCCUUAGCUGAACAAGGCCUCAGUGCCAUAAAACGUGAACAAGGACAAAAAUUGGCAAAUAAGAUUCGUGCAGUGAAAUAUAUGGAAUGUUCUGCACUCACGCAACGUGGUCUGAAACAAGUAUUUGAUGAAGCAGUACGUGCUGUCUUAAGACCAGAACCUCAAAAACGCAGACAGAGAAGAUGCACUAUGUUAUAAACAAUAAAUGAUCAGGAAUGAAUCGAUGUAGGUAAAGCCAUAUAUAAACUGACAGACUGAAAUUAAUUUUGUCAUAAAGAAAUGAAAGAAAAUAUGAAUGUUUUGAAAUGGAGAUAGCACACCAUACAUUUUAAACAACUUUUCUGGCAGCUGUAGUUUAUCGUGUCAUAAAUAAAGUACAAUUUACAGCUUCCUUAUUUUAACGUAAGUUGUAAAAUUAAUGCUGUAAGACUAAAAAGAAAACUUGGACAACGAAAAAGUAUGGUCAAAUUUUUAACCAUUUUACUUAUGAAAUUCAAAUGAAUGAAAUUUACUAUAGAUUUAUACGUAUCAUGUUUGUAGCAUUUUUUAACCUAUAAAUUUAUAAUUAAUGUACUAGUCAAUGUCAAGAGGAAAUAAUCUCAUAACCUUGAAACAAUACAUAUUUACAGGUAAUUUUUUUAUUUUUAUAUUAUGACAAUAUCCAUUUUGUUGUCAUAUUAUGUAAUUUUUUAACUUAGUGUCUCGAUUUAUAAUGUUGAAAUAAAGUUAAUGUUUUUAUAAAUAACACUGUCGAAUCUUGGAACUUUGUUCAUGAGAGCUGCCAGACUUCAAAACUUUUAUAUUUAUAAUAGUGAAAACAUUCAUUUUAGUACACGCAUAUAAUAUAUAUAACAAUCAAUAUACUAACAAUUUUUAUAAAAUGUAAAAUAGCAUUAUAUAGUGUUACUUCAACGUACAGUGCCAUAGCAACGAAAAAAUCAAAUCAACAAUGCGAGCAUUUUUUAUGUCAGUUCUAGACAAUAUAUGUUUGUAUCUUAUUAGACUCCCUUACUUAAUAGCGAAAUUAGAAAAAAAAAACUUAUAAAGGAAUUGAAAAAUCUUGUAACAGAAAAUAUUUUAUACUUAUCUUGAACUUUUUUAUGAAUAUUGUGAUCGUAAUAUUUCUUCGCAUUGCAACAGAAAAAGGUACAUUUAUGUAUAAUAUACUGCCAACAAACAUUUGUACACUUUUUGUGGACGAAUUUAAUAGGUUUAUAUGAGACUUUAUUGUCUAGAAUUCGAACAUUUUCUUGUACCUACAUAAUACAAGCAAAAUAGUGUAUUAUGUAUAUUGAUAUUUAUUUGAUUUUGACCAUGUUUUGAGUCAGAAUAUUUUUAAAGAAGUGUAAUACGAAACAUCUAUUUCGAAUUGUAUUGCUGUGGUUUCCUGUAGCAGAUACAGUUUUACAGAUUGUUGCACAGGUGCAAUCUGAUUAUCAGCCCUAAAUUAUUUUUAAUAGUAAUUGAGAUUGCAUUGGAAAAAUAAUAAUCAAAAUAUAUGUUGAAUUGUGUAAGGAAAUGUAUUUCAUUUCCAGUGACGAACGUAAGGUGCAAAUUAUGCCUAUAAAAUGAAAAACAUAGCACAAUUUAUUUAAAAAAAAAUACCAUGAUAUCUUUAAUCUUCCAUUAUUAUUUUUAUAAAAUUAAUUUAUAUAAAUCUUCAGAAUUAAAAAAAAACCAGUAUCACAUAUUUUAGAAUAAUGAGUACAUUGUACAGAACAAAUAACUUUUCUCUUAUGUAUUGAAUUACUUGCAUCUAAUUUAUUAUUGUGAAUUUUUCAUUGCUACUAUUAUACUGUAACAUACUUCGUUUACGCCGAUCUACAAUAUUAAAAUAUUAUUUUCAUAGAUACUACAUUCUCUUUAUAAAAGGACUCAAUGAAAAAAAAAUAGUGUGAUGAUGAUGACUAACAAAUAUUCCUCUACUCGUAAACAUGCUAUUUUUUUAUAUUUAAAAAAGAAGCUUAGAAUAUAAAAAGAUAGGACAUGCGUGCCAUAUGCUUUCAAAUUUAUAAAACGAAUAUUACGUAACAUACUUUGUUCAUAUUUGUACUCAACAUGAAUUUUGAAACGAAUUAGAGAUACGUCAUCAUAUUUAAAAUGAAAAAUUCUUAGUGUAAGCGAGAGUGAAUUAUGAAUGAGGCAUAUUAAUGCUUGCUGAGUGUACAUACUGUAGCAUAGUAAUAACAUGCUCUAAAUUUCAAUCAAGCACAGUUUGAUGACGAAAUAAUAUGAUUUCUUUCCUCUUAAAGUAUUUCGGUAUGUACACAAUCUAUUUGAGUAAUUAGUCAUGUGAUUGAAGUAUAGAGUGUGCCGCGAGAUGUUUGCAGUAAGCUUUACACUUUAUUGUAUUUGCUACAACUUUCAACAGAAAAUUUAUUUCUGGCACUUUCUGCUGCAAGAUAUCGUAUAUAAAUUAAAUUUUUAGUUAAGGACGUACAAUACAUUUGUAGUUCCUGUGUAAGACAAUUUUUUUUCUUUGAUACUUCAAAGAGCACAACUCAAGAUAUUAUUGCUAUUCUACGACAUGUUUAAGCCUAGGAAGUUUUUAUAUUGUGUACAUACGUACAUAAACGUGACACAUUUAUUAUAUAAAGUGAACAAGCACCAACUUUUGUAAUAUAAUAAUUAUAUGCAAAUUUGCAUUUAUUGUAAGUAGUGGAUUUGUUUUACGAUUACUAUCGCGUGUACGUAGUGAACUCUGUUAUUUAUUUGUUACGUAUAUAUCGAAUUAUGAGAAAAAGUUACUAGUAAAUUUUUAGAUUUUUGAAAUGUCAAUCCAAAGUCAGAUUACAUAUUAUAACAAUGUAUCAAACUUAGAUCCAUUAAAAGUAAGAACUAGACAAAGCACAAUCUUUUUAAGAUUUUUAAUCUUAAGAUCUUAAAGCAGAUUUUUUUAACUUAUAAGAUUAAUUCAAUAACUUUUUUGCAAUAUUACAAUAUAAAUAAAAACUUUAUUCUACUAUUUCAAUUUAUAUUUGAAACUUUUCUUUUUUCUCUCUAGCAACUAUUAAUUAUUGCUUCCUUAUUUUAAAUGAGAAUGGAAUCGACCGAAAUUUGUAAUGAAAACAAAAUUUUGAAUUCAUGUGUAUUAUUGGUAAGAUGAAUUACACUACUUACAACUUGUGCACUUAACAAUGGUAAUUUACAUUGACUCUUU